UAUUGCGGAAGUUUUCGUUCAGAAUGAAACAUGGCUGCUGCUUCUGCUUCUGCUUUGAGGUCCGGUGUGAAUUCUAAGUUAUGUUUGUUUGCGCAUUUAGUGAUUUUUGCCUGGUAUUUAUUUACUCUGAAUGCUAACUGCGCCAUAGCGGAUUCAGGGCGACAUCCAGGCACUCGGUCUUACGGAGGCCGGUGGAAAUAUUUAACCUUCAUCAACCUGGUGAUGCAGACGGUGUUUUUCGGGCUCUGUGUUGUAACCGAUCUAAUCCAGAUGGCGCUGCCGAGGAAACGCAGCGACUCGUCGUUCCUCGUCACAGCGCGGGAUUUCUUCUUCACCGGUCUGGCUUUUCCGGUCGGAACCUUUGUCUUCGCUUCUUUCUGGUCCAUCUACACCUACGACCGAGAGCUGGUCUUCCCCAAGGUUUUAGAUGACAUCAUUCCUACAUGGCUUAAUCACGCUAUGCACACUGUAAUCCUGCCGCUGCUCCUGGUGGAGAUGUUUCUUCAGCAUCACAAACACCCGAGUCGUUCCAGAGGAAUCCUGGCCCUGGCGCUCUUCGCCUCCCUCUACUUGGCCUGGGUGCUGUGGGUGCGGCAUGCAUCAGGGAUCUGGGUUUACCCCAUCAUGGCUCACCUCAGUCCCGCAGGCCUCGUCGUGUUCCUCAGCGUGGCGUCUCUCAGCAUGGCUCCUCUUUACCUGCUGGGAGAGAAACUCAACCGUGUCAUUUGGGGUCCUACAGAUGCAACGUCUCACUCACAACCUCAGAAAAAGAAGAAGAAAUGAAGAACCAGAGGAAUGACCAUCUACAGACUACAGAGAGCCGGACCAGAUCCUUCACCAGCACGGACAAAAUGCUGCAAUAGCACCGAGAAAAAGGGAUUUACAUUACCACAAUAGUAUAACCACAUGCAAAGCUAAGCGUUCACUCAGAUGAUUCACUAAAUGUUCACACAGAUGAUUCCCUAAGUGUUCACACAGAUGAUUCCCUAAGUGUUCACGCAGAUGAUUCCCUAAGUAAUUCAGUAAAUGAUUCAUUAAGUGUAUACGCAGAUGAUUCCCUAAAUGAUCACGCAGAUGAUUCACUGAAUGUUCAUGCAGAUGAUUCCCUAAGUGUUCACGCAGAUGAUUCCCUAAGUGUUCAUGCAGAUGAUUCACUAAGUGUUCACAUAGACGAUUCAUUAAGUGUUCACGCAGACGAUUCCCUAAGUGUUCACACAGACGAUUCAUUGUCACAAUACAGUUUAUGUUGAAGAACCGGAUCAUUUGCACAUUUCUAAUCUUAAGGAAAAAAUCUGCUCAUGUAAAAGCAUCCUAAUACGCUACUGUUUAAUGUUUUCACACCUGAAACAUGAAUUUUAACCUUGAAAUUCUGUAUACUGUACUCUCCUAAAAUGCUGGAUGUCAGAGGGCCAGUUGUUCAUCAUGUAGAACAUUUUUAACACAAAUGAAUAACCGCGUGACGAUUGAAGAAGAUCUUUGCUGGAUUAUUAUGUGACUUGACGAAGUCAGAUUUUAAUAAAAGAUAUAUAUUA